GUGUGUGUGCAGAGCUUUGUAAGGCACAGAGAAGUAAAGACACUCACAACCACAGAUGCUAAUGCUAAACAACUACAGAAGCUUAUAAACCCAUGUUUGUGGUCCAACGUUACUGAAACACCAUCAAUAUGGGAAUGACUGACAUUAUGAGGCUGGAUGUGUCCUGGGCUUGGCUUGUGCUGUCGGCGGUUCUGCUCGCAGCUGCUGUCUUUUAUCUCUACACACUGAUACUCAGCCAUCUGGCCAAGACAACUGUCAGGAACAAAGUAGUGCUGAUUACAGAUUCACUGUCAACAGUUGGAAACGAAUGUGCCAAACUCUUCCACACUGGAGGAGCCAGACUGAUCCUUUGUGGAAGUAACUGGGAAAAGCUAGAGGCUCUUGCUGAGGAACUGACGAGUCAAUCAGAUCCAACACUUACGUUUCCUCCCAAACUGGUGGAGCUGGACUUCAGUGAUAUGGAGAGCGUUCCUGAGGUGAUCUCAGAGAUCCUGGAGUGUUUCUGCUGUCUGGAUGUGCUCGUCUUCAACAGCAGCCUGAAGCUGAAGGCUCCUGUUCACAGUCUCUCCCUCCAGAUGGACAGACUGCUCAUGGACGUCAACUACUUUGGGCCGAUCACACUGGUUAAAGGUUUUCUCCCAUCGCUGAUUUCCAGAAGAUCAGGUCACAUUCUUCUAGUCAACAGCAUUCAGGGGAAACUGGCGAUGCCCUUCCGUACCACAUAUGCUGCUUCCAAGCAUGCGGUUCAGGCUUUCUUUGAGUGUCUGCGGGCAGAGGUUCAGGAAUAUGGAAUAACCGUCAGCACCAUCAACCACACCUUCAUUAAAACCAGCAGAUCAAUCUCAAAGGAUGAAAUCACAGCCCGAUCCAUGAGGACGGACCACAGACAGACCCCUCUUGGAGUGAGCGCUAAAGAUGUGGCCACUGAGCUCCUGAGGACUUUGAGUAGUAAGAAGAAGGAGAUUUUAAUGGCUCGCUGGGUCCCUAAAGCCGCUCUGUAUGUCAGAUCUCUGUUCCCUAACUUGUUCUUCGCCAUCAUGGUGGCAAGAGUCAGAAACACUGUAGCAGAGGAGACGCCAGACAACUGAAGGACGUAAAUCCAGACACCUCACAAAAGUAUUAAACAUACACAAACAUG